AUGUCUGUUAGCGCGUCAGCACGCAUGCAGAGAUAUGCAGUUUUCCUAUCGGGUUAUACUUACUCCAUACAAUACAAGAACACUAAGCUGCAUGGGAAUGCAGAUGGGCUAUCACGUCUUCCGUUAAAAUCUGCUCGGACACAGAGUGAACGAGAGAUUUUAGAUGAGUCACACCUGUUCCAAGUUUCCCAGAUUGAAACAUUACCUGUUUCAGCUUCAGAUAUUGUGAAAGGGAUCAGAAAGAGCCCAACUCUUUGUAAAGUGUUGAAUGACGUUUUACACGGGUGGUCACAGGAGGACAAAGCAGCAUUACCCUUUUAUGACCGACGGAAUGAUAUUACCGUUCAACAAGGCAUUCUGCUGUGGGGAAUUAGAGUGAUAAUUCCAGAAGAACUGCAACCUCGAGUCCUAGAGGAACUCCACUCAGGACAUCCGGGAAUUGUCAAGAUGAAAGCUCUCGCCAGGAGUCAUGUAUGGUGGCCAUGGAUUGACAAGGAUCUUGAUCAGCUCGCUAAGAACUGUAAUGGUUGUCAGGGUAACAGAAACACAGCAAAAGAGGCGCCAGUUCACCCAUGGGAAUUCCCCAUGACACCUUGGCAAAGGAUCCAUGUGGAUUUUGCUGGACCCUUCCUAAACAGUAUGUUCUUGGUAGUGGUGGACGCCCACUCCAAGUGGCCCGAGGUCGUUCAGAUGGGUUCUACAACAGCCUCAAAGACCAUUGAAGUGCUACGGUGUAUUUUCGCCAGAAAUGGAAUCCCUCAGCAACUAGUGAGUGAUAAUGGACCGCAAUUUGUUUCUUCUGAGUUUCAAGAUUUCAUGCGUGGAAAUGGGAUCCAUCACAUUACAUCGGCACCAUAUCAUCCAAGGACGAACGGACUCGCGGAAAGGUUUGUUCAGACUUUCAAACAGGGACUAAAGUCAGCAUUGAAGGAUAACGGGUCGAUACAGAGGAAACUACAAUGUUUUCUGAUGUCCUAUAGGAACACGCCCCAAUCUACUACAGGAGAGACACCUGCAAGCCUAUUCAUGGGUAGGAAUUUACGGACAAGGUUGGACUUGCUACGGCCUAACUUGAAGGAGAGAGUGGAAAAGGCGCAAGCUCGAAUGUGUAAGGACAGCAAUCUGGGUAAAACUAGGAGUUUUGAAGUUGGUGACUAA